AUGUCGACUCAGCGAAUGCAACGCGUUCGCUCUCGCGCCGCAGGCUCUCUCGAUGACCUCGCCCUUCACUUGGAGAAAAGACAAGGUGCUCUCACAGGCGUGACGAGCGGAUUGGAGAGCGGUGCUAACAAAGCAGGCGACAAGGCUUCUUCCUACACUUCCGGCCUUAAUCAAUGGGAGAUCCUGGCCGUCGCAGCAGCUGGUGUCGCUUUGAUCGCCCUCGUUUGCACUUGGACCUGGCUCGUGUGCAACAGAAAGCGCAAAGCAAGGGAAGCAGCCAAAGCAAAGGAGGAAGAGGAGAUUGCCGCUGCUGAAAAGCUGAGGAGGACAAACACCAUGACGCAGUCUUCUCACGGUCAUCAUGGAUCCAAAGAGUCGCAAUCUCAACGAAAGUCCCUGCUCGCUAAUGCAGCGCCUGCUGGCAUGACUAGGGAGGACCUACGCGUCAACACUGCGAGCGCUGCCAAGAUGGGACAAGACAUCCACUCGCCACGCAGUCCUGGUCCUCGCGACCCGUUCCUGCCUCCAUCACCUAAAGGGCAUCAAGCUCAAUUGGCGCAUUCCAACAUCUCCUCCGCCGCCUUUCACGCAUCUGCUGCUACGCCUUAUGGGCAACAUCACGAAGGCCAAUCAUACGGCAUGGAAGCUACGUCGCCCAACAGCAGACGUUCAUAUCACCAGGUUGUUUAUCCCGAUCAACCUCUGCCGCAAUCUGUGGACCUCCGAGAGCCCCUGCCAUUGGCCAUCUCUCGAUCACCUCCUCGCUCAAGCCAUGUGCCACUUUCUCGCGCCCCGGCGCCGCAGUACGGAUAUCAAGGUGACAUGCCGAACCCACACGCGGAACAGCACACAUCGGCUCAUCAGCCCAUGUCUGCUUACGGCGCUCAGCCUGCGGAAGGGUUCGGCAUGCCGAUGCCCGAGUAUCAAAGGCCGAAGUCGUACGGCCAGCCUUCGAAUCGGAUGUCGCAUUAUGGUGCUGCUCUCUGA